AUGCCCCAGAGGUCACCCACCUGUUCCCGGGCCGGAUCCCUGCACCGUCGGCCUGCUUGCGCCGAAUGCGCACGGUGGAGGCAAGAAAGCGCUGCUGAGCGCCGGGAGAGCCACCUGUUCGUCUCCGCCGGGCUUGCUCCAAGCAGAGUUGCGGGCACGGCAAAACGAGGCAGAUCGGGGCGAAGCGUGAAUAAUGACUUCAGCUUACUGUACGACCAAGAAAACAACGCUCUCCACUGUACAAUCAAUAAAGCCAAGGGCCUGAAGCCCAUGGACCAUAAUGGGCUGGCUGAUCCCUACGUGAAAUUGCACUUACUCCCAGGUGCCAGUAAGGCAAAUAAACUGAGGACCAAAACUUUGCGGAAUACCUUGAAUCCUACCUGGAACGAAACUCUCACGUAUUACGGGAUCACCGACGAGGACAUGAUCCGCAAGACGCUCAGAAUUUCCGUUUGCGAUGAGGACAAGUUCCGCCACAACGAGUUCAUCGGGGAAACCAGGAUCCCCCUGAAGAAGCUCAAGCCGAACCAGACCAAAAAGUUCAGCAUCUGCCUGGAGAAGCAACUGCCAAUAGAUAAAACGGAAGACAAGUCCCUGGAGGAGCGUGGCCGGAUCCUCAUCUCUCUCAAGUACAGCUCCCAAAAGCAAGGUCUGCUGGUGGGCAUCGUCCGUUGCGCCCAUCUGGCAGCCAUGGAUGCCAACGGCUACUCAGAUCCCUACGUGAAAACGUACUUGAAACCAGACGAGGACAAGAAGUCCAAGCACAAGACAGCCGUCAAGAAGAAAACGCUCAAUCCUGAAUUCAACGAGGAAUUUUGCUACGAGAUCAAGCACGGCGACUUGACCAAAAAGACCCUGGAGGUGACGGUGUGGGAUUACGACAUUGGCAAAUCGAAUGACUUUAUUGGUGGUGUGGUGCUGGGGAUUAACGCCAAAGGGGACCGCCUGAAGCACUGGUUCGACUGCUUGAAAAACAAGGAUAAGAAAAUCGAGCGCUGGCACACCCUCACCAACGAGCUGCCGGGGGCUAUCCUCAGCGAUUGACCCUACGAGUGGACCCGGGGACCUGGUCCAACAUAGCACAGCACCUGACGAAGGAACGACUCUUGCCUUCGGACUUAAUUGUUUACUUCACUGGAAGGGUUUGCGCUCCAAGUCAGCAAGAAUGGGGAAAGGGGCUUGGUAAACAAGCAAUGGGUUACAAUCUGUUUUCCAGUAACGCCUUGGGACCGAGCAACGCCCUGUUUCCCGUUGUUUGGCAAGCUUCAGUCCUAGAGAUCUCUCUAGGAUGCCUUGAAACUGCAGCAAGGCAGUUUCUUGGGGGGGGGGGGAGGGAGGGGAGCCCUAAGGCCUGCAUGCGUUAAAAUCGUGAGUUAUUUGAUCUCCUGACCCCUGUUCUUGCUGCCUUGCGGCUUCACUGGCAACAUCAACGCGGAAUAUACCGAAUUUUUUUUUCUUUGUUUGUUCGUUUGUGUGGCUAGUACAACAAAACAUUGAUUGCAUCUUAGCACUAA